AUGAGUUAAUAUAAAAGACUAGUUUACAUUUUAUAUAUUACCAUCGUGUCCUAUCUUUAGAAUAUCGCAUGCUUGAGUUUAGAUUUAUCAGAAUCGUCUCCUUGCUUCUAAAUAUAAAGUUUUGGAGGAAAUUAAGCCUCUGUAACAAGUAUUGUAUACAUAGAUGGAACCACUUUAAUAAGUGUUAGCGAUUCUCAAGGAUAUAAUUAUAUUUAUGAUGUUUUUAAUGGAGGUAUCCAACAAACCACAAUAACUGCUAAUCCCCCUAUCCUUGGAUAAAUUUUUUAUCCAAAUUUAAUCAGAGCAACCUUAACUUAAUAAAGACUUUCUAUUGUUGAUUUAACUUUGAAAUAAGAAAUAUUAGGCAUACAAAAUCAAGGAUAAAAUACAGUCUUUCUUUCAUUAAUUAGGGUUGAUUUAAGUAGGACUAAAUAGCAAUAAUUAUAAAGAGAUCCAUAAAGACCUUCUUCAUUAAUUAUUUUAAAUAAUAAAAAUACAUAGACAAUACAAAUAAAACCUUCUUCUCUAGAUAAUAAUUUCUAUCCUUCUACAGAUAAUUAGGAUUAUUUAAUUUAAGUUCAAGGUCUUUCUAAGGGAUAACAAGGAAUUUUUGGAACAAAUUCUUAGAAUUCAAUUAAUUAAUAUUAAGUUAUAGAAGAUUAUGCAGUUAAUCCAAAUUAAAAUUUCGCUUCGAUCAUAUCUGGAGGAACAGCAUCAUUAAUUAUAGCUCUUAAUUCUGGUUUUUACUCUAGCAUAUAUUCUUAUCUAAUCAAUUUAUCCAUAUUGAAUUAACAAAAACCCUUAGAUUAUGUAUCCCCAAUAGUUUUACCUGCAUCUGUAAACGCAUUUAAGUUAAUGAAUUCCACUAACUAUCUUUUAAUUUCUUACGGAGCAGCUACUAAUUUUUAGUAAGGAUAAGGUUAAUAAGGAGGUGGUGGAGGAGGAGGUGGAGCAAAUUAAAUUAGUUCUCCAUUACCUUUAUAAUAAAAUAGUCUAUGUGUUUAUGAUUUUGGAAAAGCCUCAAAUUUGGCAGGAUCAAGCUAUGGAGUAGAUACACUAUCGAUUUUACAUAAUCCAAUAAUUUGUAAAAAUAUGGGCACAAAUAUUAUUAUGGGAAUAUAAAAUAUCUAUAUGAAUAAUAAAAACUAUGUGAUUUUCUCUUUAUAAUCCUAAUCUAUCUUUAUUUUUGAAAAUAAUGAUUUAAUCAAUUCAAAGUUUUCAAUUUCAAAUAGUAAUUUGAUUAAUGUUUCUUAAUAAAAUAAUGGUAGUAUCUUGAUUAUGUUAUAAAUCCCUAAUACAUCUGUUUUAGUUAUCGGCACAUCAUAAGGAUUAGUUGAAUCUUUUGAUAUUUAAGAUCCUAAUUUGAUUUCCCAAUCUACUUAACAGUAAUCUUAAAAUAUAUAAAUCUCACCUCUUUAUAGUAAAAUUGGAAUAGGAAUGAAUGGAUAAACUAUAGGAGAUAUGUUAUUUGAUAAUGUGUCAUAAACUUUAAUAGGCAUAACAAAACAAGGCUAAUAAGGAUAAUAAAAUAAUUAAUAAUAUUUUUUUUUUUAGUACAAUUUAACAAGUUAAUAAAGAGUUUAAAAUUUAAAUAAAAAUUAUCAAGGGGGUUAAUAAAAUUAAAUGACUGUAGAAUAAACUGUUGUGUUUUCUACUCCCCCUAGUUUUUUAACUUUAACCAGUGUUACAAAUUCAUAUUAUCUAAACCCAAGCUAAGGAUCAAAAUGUCCUCCACAAAUCCCUAAUCCUGCUCCAAAUAUUACAUCUGUCAAAAUCUUAUCUUUAAAUACUAAAAAUCAAGCAUAUAUUUUAGAUGUACAAAAAGACAAUUUAAACCCUUUACUUAUUCCUGGAAUGCUUUCUUAUACUUCUGAAUUGAAUAAUUAAUAUGUUGUAACACUUCUUGUGACACAACCAUUUUAAUUUAGCUAAUACUGUAUUUCGAAUCAAAAAUAAAAUAGACUACUGUUAAAAGAAAAUUAAUAAUAAUAUCUUACUUCUUCAGAUAAUAUUCAUAAAUAAAAUAGAAUUCUUCAAUCUAUAUAAAUAAGCUUAAAUAUAUACAUAAUAGACUCUAAAGGAGUAUCUGUGUUUAAAACAAAUAGCAAUUUUUACUAAUUAUCUUCUAUUAGUAACGCACCUCUAUAAUUUGUAAAAGAUUCAGUAUAAAAUAUGUUUGUUGUAUUUUAGAGCUCAAUUAUGGUAAUAAAACCUGCUCUCAAUACUCCCUCUAGCAUUCAAAAUACAACUAUAACUUUAUAAUAGAUUUCUACUUUGACUUAGGUAGCAGAUAUAGUUUAAAUAUAAAAAGUUACAAUAAUUAACCCAUUAAAUCAAAUGUUUAUUUAACUAAGUAUGAGUGAUGGUUCAUUAAUAACUGUUUUAAUUUCAUAUAGUUAGAUAUGGUUUUAAAAUUAAAAUUUAGAUCUUUAACUAGCAUUAUUAUUCACCGUAAAUAGUUCCUCAAACCCUACAGUUAAAUCUCUUUUGACAUACAAUAAUAUUUACUACAUGUAAUCACAAAAUAUAUUAGUAGUAUAAUAUAAUAAUAAUAUAGAUUACUUAUAAUACAAUAUGACUUCUUAAUCUUUAAAUUAGUUCCUUACUUUAUACAAUAUUUCUGAUAGUAAUUCUAGAUUUAUUUCAACAUCUUCAGAUAACUCUCUUUACUAAAUAAUGUCAGAUGGUUAAAUUAUUAAGAUAUAUGCUCCUUAAUGCUACAAUUAAAGCUGUUUUAAUACAACCUGCUCGAUAAAAACUAUGCUUAACACCUUACCUGCAAAUAAUUUAUAUUUUUAUUUUGGAAGUGGCAGUGUUUACAAUAUUUAGUAUAUUCAUUAUGAAUAAAUAGUCUCCUAACAAUACUUAAUAUAAUACAACAUAACAUUAAGACUCAAUAUUCACACAUUUAACAUAUCUUUACCAUCUAACACUUCAGGAUCUUAAUAAAAUUUACCUCCUAUUACUAUUUAUGGUGAUUCUCCAUACUUUUUUGAUAAUUAUAUUUAAAUUUCAUUUAGAAAUAUUUAAUGGAAAGUUAAUUUUGAUAAUUAUUAAGACCCUACUUAGCCACUAUUCUAAAUAGCAAAUAAAAUAUGUAGCUUUGAAAGAUUUAGCAUCUUGACUUACUCUAUACUUAAUACCAAAUCUAUUAUUGAUAAUUUCAAUUAAUUCUUGAUUUUAUAGGGUUCUGCAGCCUAUUUUAGAAAUAUAACUAUCUAAAAUAAGAAUUACAAUGGAGCUAAUUAUUUUAUACAGGUCCCUUCAACUGCUUUUAGCCUCACACUUGAAAACAUAACUGUUUAAAAUUGCAAAUUUGAAUCAACUGUUUUUGUUUCUGCCUCAAAUUAAUUAAGUUUAAAUGCUACAAAUAUUAAGUUUUAAAAUAAUUAGAUUACUUUAUCUCAAAAUAAUCCAUAAUUGAGUACUUUUAUUAGUGCAUAAAGUAUCACUCUUUAAGGAUUUUAAUUUUAAUAAAAUGCAAUUUAAUCAGUAAUGCUUUUUGGUAAAACUGACUAAUCUUAGUUUUUUGUUGCAAACAUAAGCAAUAGCUCAAUUACAUAAAACGCAUUUUUUAUUUAUGAGUAUAGUAUUAAUACCUUGAUAUUAUAGGUUGAGUUUUUGCAAACCAUUCUGAGUUCUACUUAUGUUAAUCUUACAUAAAUUACAAUUUAAUAAAAUCAAGUAUUUUAAAAUAAUUAUGAUUAAUCUACUUUUAAUUAAUAUCUUUAAGUCGUGAAUAAUGAUCAAGGUCAAGGUUAACAACCACCAUUCAAUUAGAUUAAUGAUACGUAUACUUUUAUUAGCACUGUUGUACAGCAACAAUACUUUUUCUUUUAAACUAAAUACAUCUAAUAAGUAUUCAUUCAAAAUGCAAAUAUCUCAGAUAAUAUCAAUAUAGGGUUUUAUUAGAGUUCUUUCCUAAACUUGUUUUAAGCUGACACUUUAAGCUAUAAAAAUACCUGGCUAAAUUAAUCAUAACCUAAUUCUGCAUGCAUAAAAAUUACAGAAUACAAUAAUUUAUAGUUUUCAUUAACUAAAUCUAAAUUAGAAAAUUUAUAUAUUUAAAAUGAUUAUCUAAUUUAUCUAAAGACUUCUUAACUUUUAUCCUAAAAUUAAUAAUAAAUUUCUCAUUUUAAAAUUGAUGGACUGAGUAUAAAGAACAUUAAAAUAGCAACUCUUAUAGAGUAUAAUUAGGCUUCAAUUAUAUUUUUUAAUAGUUUGUAAAAUACUCAGAUAUCUCUGAAUAAUUUAAAUGUAGCAAACAUCUUGUUACAAACACCUUUAAAUGUUUUUUAUGACAUGGCUUCUACUUUGAGCUUGCUCGCUCCUUUUUCAUAGGCAUCAUUAACUAAUUCACAAUUUCUGAAUUUCUAUACUUAGAGUAUUAAGGAAGUACUAUAUAUGAAUGUUUAAAAUUUAACAAUGGAUACUAAUCAUUUCGAAAAUAACUAAUUUUAAACAAAUGCUCCUUUACUAGGAACAAAUGGAGGUUUUAUGUUAAUUUAGUCUUAAAAUUUAAAUAUGACCAAUAAUUCUUUUUAUAGAGGCACAAGCUAUAAUGGAGCAGCAAUAUCUCUCACUCCAUCUUCAUCAAACUCUAAUUUUAAUUUUAAAAGUUGUUCCUUUUCAAAUAUGAUAAGUUAAUAAUAUGGUGGAGCAGUUUACAUAAAUAAUCCUCCUGCGAAUACUACUUUUUCUUUCAUCUAAUGCUAAUUUACAUCUCUAUUAGCUAGGGAAGGAGGAUCAAUCUAUUCUUAUUAUUUUAUAAAUAAAGGAUUAAAUAAUAAAAUUCCAUAAAUUCCUAAUAUUAUUAUAGCUUCCCCUUCAUUAAAUUAAACAUUUGCCAGUAAUUAAGGUAGCUUUUUUUCAUUCUAUAAUAUGAAUGUUAGCUUAAGUGAUGCUUUAUUAGAUAUUAAUAAUCCUUAAAAGCAAAUCAAUAUUUAAUAAUAAAGUUUAUUUUAGCAGUUAAGUUAAUUUUAAAGUAUAGGAAGCUUAUUUUCAGUUAUAAAUUCAAUUUUUACUUUAACCAAUUCUUAAUUAACUUAAAUAUUCUCUAAAUCAAACCAACAAUAACCUUCCAUCUUAUAUUUGCAAUAAUAAUCAUAAGGAUAUAUGAAUAAUGUUAACAUUACUAAAGGAAGCUUUUCUGAUGGAGGAGCUUUAUUAGUUGAUACUUAGAGCUAGAUCUUAAUAAAUUUUGUUAACAUAAGCUAAUUGAGCUAUUAACAAACAAAUUCACUUAGAUAAAUUUAGCAGACUAACACAUCUAGUGCUUAACUUACUUAUAGUUAAUAUUAAUCAUAAACCCUAAGUACAUUUAUAAUACGAGGAUCUUCUUCAUUUAAAAUUUAUUCACUAACAAUGAACUAAAAUUAAUGUAGUAACUUAUUUUGUGUUGGAGGUGCUCUAUCUCUAAUUUAAUCAACUGGAUUAAUAGAUUAAUCAAAUUUUAUAGACAACGCUUCUAUGAACAAUGGAGGAGCAGUAUCUUUAAUAAAUGAAAUGAAUUAAAUUAAUAUUACAAAUUCACUAUUUUAAAACAAUACAUCCAAAUAAGAAGGAGGAGGUCUUUUCGUUUAUCAGAAUGUUGAUCUAAUUUAAGCAAACUAGAAAAUUCAAAUAUAUAAAUCACGAUUCUUAAAUAAUAAUGCCACCUAAGGAGGUGGCAUCUACUUAAAUUCAUUUUCACUUAGCAAUAAUAUAUAAGCUAUUAACUGGAUUUAAAUUUCAAACUCUGUAAUCAUGAAUAAUUCUGCAAGCUUUCUAGGUGGAGGUAUAUAAUAUACAGGUUUUGAUCCAUAAAUAGCAUCAUCCACAAGAAUUUCUUCUAACACAGCAGGUUAAAAAUAUGGUAGCAACCUGUUUUCUAGGCCUUUUAAGCUAAGCUUUAAUUAGAAUUUAACAUAGUAAAGCAAUAAAAAUAAUAUAAAAUAUUAAAUAAAGUAUGACUAGAAUUUAGGAAUAGAAAGGUUGUAAAUAAAAAAUUAGGUGAGUGGAAGUUAACUUCCUAGCUUAAUUUUUUAACUAGUUGAUGAAAAUAACUAAAUAAUUGAUAGUUCAUACUAGUAAGUUAUUGGUUCUUAAAUUUAUGCUUAAGUUCAGCCCUAUGGCAAUAUCAAUGAUUAAAAUGCAUUCUAAAUAUCUAGCAGUUAUUAAAAAAUUAUUUUUUCUGAUUACUUCAAUCUGACUGAUUUAACUAUUACAGGAAUUCCCAAUUCAUAUAUAAGCAUUUAAUUAUCAUCACCAUUUAUAAAUAAUCCUAACUAUCCAGAAAAUAAUUACUAUUUCAUAAUUGAUAUUCAUUUUAGAGAAUGCAUUUAAGGAGAGGUCUAUAAAAAAGGCUAAGUCAUUUAUCAUGAUAAGUUAUUUUAAAUAUAUGAAUGCUCAGUAUGCCCUAAAGGAUAGUAUUCUCUAAUUCAGCCAAAUUUUAAAGAACCCGUAUUUGAGUGUCAAAAAUGUGUUUAAAAUAGUGAUUGCUUAGGAGGAGAUGUAAUAAACGUUAAUGAAGGGUUUUGGAGAGAGAAUAAUUAAACAGAUUUAAUAUUAGAUUGUAUAAAUAUGAAAAGCAAUUGCUUAGGAGGUACUUAAAAUUUUACAUGUAAUGCUGGUCAUAUAGGUCCUCUCUGUGAAUCUUGUGAUAUAUAAAAUGGAUACUCUCGUUAGGGUGAUUUCUAAUGCUCAAAGUGUGGAGAUAUUGUCAACAAUACAUUUAAAGUGUUAGGUUUAGUUGUUUUAUAUAUUGUAUGCGCUAAACUAAGUGUUGAUGGAGUACUAGAAAGGAUUAUGUUUAUCAUCAAAAGGAAAGAUUAAAUCUAGUAGGAAACUGGAACUAAUCAUUAAUUUAUAAAAAAAACUAUUAAGAGAGAAGAAGCAAAUGCAUCGAUUUUGCUCAAACUCAUUAUCAAUUACUUUUAAGUUAUCAUGGUUAUAACAACUUUUUAGAUUAAUUUUCCAAAUGUUUUUAAUAGUUCAAUAAAUGUGAUAGCAAAUCCAACUAUUCAAGUUUUAUAUUCUUUUGAAUGUUUUUUCCACGAAAUUUCAGUUGAAACUGGAAUAAAUAUUAUAUAUAUACAAUUUGCUGCUUCAACGUGCUUACCUAUUUGCUGUGCAUUAGUUUUUAUUAUCACUGGUUUAAUAAAAUACAGAAAAAAUUUAUUUUUAAAAAGAUUUUACAUUUCUACUUCAUUGAUUUACUGCUUGAUGUAUUUCUAGCCAAGUCUUUAUAAAGAUGCUAUUAGUAUUUUAAGCUGUCGCCAGAUAGGAAACAAUAGGUAUAUAUAAUAUAAUGUGUUGUACACAUGCUAUACGGAUGAGCAUAUUUAAUGGUCAUUAUCUUUGAUAUUGCCAAUAUUACUGAUCAUCACUCUCAUAAUACCAGGAUUUAUGAUGUAUAAAGUUUAUAAAUCAAAAGACUCCAUACUUUAAAGGAAAAAUUAUAUGUUUAUAAUUGGAGAAUAUGAAAUGAAUGAUAAAAGAAAAGUUUGGUACUGGGAAUUUAUAAAAAUGUAUAUGAAACUUAUAAUUAUGUCUAUUCUUAUAAUAUAUGAAUAUUCUAUCCCAAACAAAAUCUUAUUUACUCUUCUAGUAGUUGCUCUGUAUGGAUUUUUCUUGGUUAAAGUCCAUCCUUAUUCAGAAUAGCUUUAUAAUAAGAUAGAUAUCUAUUCAACAUUUGUAUUAACAGCUUCUAUUUACUUAGCUUUCAUUGCUUAUGAAAAUAAAGAUAAUUCUAUUUGGUUACUUAGUUCAAUAAUUAUUAUUGGAAUAAUAAACACUACCUUUUUAAUUUGGUGUUUUAAGAAGCUAGCUUAUGCUUAUAUUCCUAUAGUUUAAAAGACAUACUUCUAAUUUAAGUUCGUUUGUUUCAAAUUCUCUCCAUUUUAAUGUUUUUAUACUAAAAAAACAGCUAGAAUUUAUAAAUUUCAAAAGGUAGUAAAGUUAAUAUAAAACGAGCUCAAAAAAAGAAAUAUAAUAAAUACAUGGACAGGCAAGAUUAAAGUGCCUUUAGAGAACAUCAUAGAUUUGAUUGUUUAGGGUAGAGAGUAAAUGAAAAGUGGUUCAAAAAUAAAUAUAAAUAGUUCUAUGAAAAUAAGAAGUUAAAAUUAUAUUACUUCUCAAAACUAAAUUAAUUUUUCAGGUAUGAAUUAAAUAAAUCAAGAGGAUAAAAUAUAAAAACAUGCAAAAAUGGAAGAUGAUCAAAUAAAAACCCCUUAACAAGAAUCUGUUAACCUUGAAUUUCCUAGCGAAAAUAUUAUAGCUUUCUAAAAUUUAAUUCACUCACCAAAUUAAAUGGUCGCCUAAUAAAUUCCUUAAAGCUUCUUGUAAAAUGAGAGUUUAAAAGCAAAUAUAAAUAGGUUAAAAAGCACUUCAAUCAUUUAAGAUUUAAGUACAAAUAGAAAUCUUCUCGAAUUAGCUCCUGUUUCAAAUCGUUUUGAAGAUAAUUUUGGAACUUAUAAAUAAUUAUAGUCACCUACGAGUCCAGUAUCUAACAUAUAUGAUAAUUUAAUAAAUCUAAAAAUAUUAACUCAUUAGGAAAUUCUUUCCCCUAGUGAUUAAAUAAAUACUGAAGGCAGGUAAAUAUAGAAAGAAGAAAUUUAGGGAACUGUUCAAAAUUAGAUUAUAUCAGAAUCCCCUAAUGAUUCUGAAAGUGAUACAACAAAUAAUUAAAUUCCAAUAGAACAUUUAAAUAACACAAAUGAAAAUAAUAAUUUACACAUAUAAUAGCUGAAUUAAAAUGCUAUAUUCUAAGAAUUAUAAAGUAAUAUUUAGAAUAAAAGCGAUGUUGAGAAUUAGAUAAUCAUAAAGAGUUAAAGUAGUGAAGAUAUAAAAUAUCAUACUGAAAGCGAAGAUGAUUUAAAAUCUAACAAUAAAUAUUAGAGUAUUUAAAAUUAUAAUAAAGAAGUUGUACUUCAAAAGCUGAAUAAGAAUAUUCUAAAUGUGGAUAAUGAAAGCAAAGGAUAAAGUAGCAAUCAAACUUAAAACUAAAAAAUGGAAGACAGUGAGAAUUUUUUGAAUUUUGGCUAAGAUAAAUUGAUCGUUAUUAAUAAAAGUAACUAUGAUUUUCAGUCAUUAAAAGAAAAGUACUCCUUGAAUAGUUGA